CAUCGUCUCCCUCUUUCGCGCACGAAGAAGAACAAUGCGGAAAUGACGUCACCAGGUUAACGCUAGUUUGCUAAUACAACAAACAAACGCCGUAAUUCUACAAAAAAAUAUCGUGUGUUUCUUCACUUUAGAGUCCAGCUCAUCUUGUUUGGACACACUUUUGUCUACUUUAAGUGGUCGACUGAGUCCAGAAAGUGCUCAUUCACGCCCUGUAUGUGCGGAGUUUAGCAUGAGUUAGCAUGGAAGCUAACAAGUUUAAAUCAUGGACUUUUUUAGCGAUGACGUCAUGUAGAAGUUUUUAAUCCGGUCGAGGUCUGAAGGAAUCCGUUCUGGUCGACUAAAGGUGGUGAGCCGCUCCUUGCCCGCCGGUGACGCUUGAUGGGGUUCCUCAGGGUCAUGAUGCCGCCCAAGUUUCAGCUUUUGGCUCUUUUGACGUUCGGAGUCACGAUGCUCUUCAUCGAGAACCAGAUCCAAAGAUUGGACGAGUCCAGAGCAAAGUUAGAGCGCGCCAUGGCCAGACACGAGCUGGCGGCAGUGGCGGAGCCGCGUCACGGCGAAGAAGGCACUCGUGACUCAUCGGCGGACGACGACGACGACGACGCAGUGGUCAUCUACAACAGGGUGCCAAAGACGGCCAGCACGUCCUUCACCAACAUCGCCUACGACCUGUGCGCCAAGAACCGCUUCCACGUGCUGCACAUCAACACCACCAAGAACAACCCCGUCAUGUCUCUGCAGGACCAGGUGCGCUUUGUACACAACGUCAGCUCCUGGCGAGAGAUGAAGCCCGGCUUCUACCACGGCCACGUCGCCUACAUCGACUUCCCCAAGCACGGCGUAAAGGGCCAGCCGUUCUACAUCAACGUGGUGCGAGACCCCAUCGAGCGCCUGGUGUCGUAUUACUACUUCCUGCGCUUUGGCGACGACUACCGGCCCGGCCUGCGGCGAAGGAAGCAAGGCGACAAGAAGACAUUUGACGAGUGCGUGGCGUCAGGCGGCUCAGACUGCGCCCCUGAGAAGUUGUGGCUGCAGAUCCCCUUUUUCUGUGGCCACCAUUCAGAGUGCUGGAACGUGGGCAGCCGGUGGGCGCUGGAGCAGGCCAAGUACAACCUGGUGGAGCGCUACCUGCUGGUGGGCGUGACCGAGGAGCUGGAGGACUUCAUCAUGAUCCUGGAAGCCACUCUGCCGCGCUUCUUCAAGGGCGCCAGCGCACUCUACAAGACAGGCAAUAAGUCCCACCUGCGUAAGACCACGGAGAAGAAGCCCCCCGCCAAGGAGACCACCGCCAAGCUGCAGCAGUCCAAAGUCUGGAAGCUGGAGAACGAGUUCUACGAGUUUGCGCUGGAGCACUUCCAGUUUGUGCGCGCCCACGCCGUCCGGGAGAAGGACGGCGAACUCUUGGCGCUCGCCCAGAGCUUCUUCUACGAGAAGAUAUACCCCAAAGCCAGCUGAGAAGCAGCAGACUGAAACUGAAACUGAAAGUCGCAGGCUGACAGGAAACUCUUCAUGCCUUGUUGCGCUGCCACAGGAUCUCUCUAGACACUUUUGAAAAUGGCUAAAAAUCUCAUGCUGGGGACUUUUGUACACCUCCUAUUUCUACACACUGGGACCAACUAUCACUGCAUGCCCUUGGUGCUCAGCUAGCACCUCAUGCCACUGAAUCAGUGCCAUUUGUUGCCUUUCUCAGUCAUACUCACCCACCUGUGUCUCCUUGUUGACAAGGUGCCUUAGAUGCUGACAGGACUGAUAGUAGUUUCCAAAACAAAAAACAGGUAACAAGACUGAUAGUAGUUUCAACAACAAAAAACAGGUAACAAGACUGAUAGUAGUUUCAACAACAAAUAACCUCAUUAAGUAACAUGACUGAUAGUAGUUUCAAAGAGAAAAACAUUAGGUAACAGGACUGAUUGUAGUUUCAACAACAAAAAACAGGUAACAAGACUGAUAGUAGUUUCAACAACAAAAAACAGGUAACAAGACUGAUAGUAGUUUCAACAACAAAUAACCUCAUUAAGUAACAGGACUGGUAGUAGUUUCAAAGAGAAAAACAUUAGGUAACAGGACUGAUUGUAGUUUCAACAACAAAAAGCAUUAGGUAACAGGACAAAUAGUAGUUUCAACAACAAAAAGCAUUAGGUAACAGGACAAAUAGUAGUUUCAACAAAAAAUAACCUCAAUAAGUAACAGGAAUGAUAGUAGUUUCAACAACAAAAAACAUUAGGUAACAGGACUGAGUAGUUUCAACAGCAAAAACACUAGGUAACAGGACUGAGUGGUUUCAACAACAAAAACAUUAGAUCACAGGACUGAUAGUAGUUUCAACAACAAAACAUUAGGUAACAGGACUCAUAGUAGUUUCAACAACAUAAAACAUUAGGUAACAGGACUGUUAGUAGUUUCAACAAAAACCGUAAGGUAACAGGACUGAGUAGUUUCAACAACAAAAACAUUAGAUCACAGGACUGAUAGUAGUUUCAACAACAAAACAUUAGGUAACAGGACUCAUAGUAGUUUCAACAACAAAAAACAUUAGGUAACAGGACUGAUAGUAGUUUCAACAACAAAACAUUAGGUAACAGGACUCAUAGUAGUUUCAACAACAAAAAACAUUAGGUAACAGGACUGUUAGUAGUUCCAACAAAAAAUGUAAGGUAACAGGACUGAGUAGUUUCAACAACAAAAACAUUAGAUCACAGGACUGAUAGUAGUUUCAACAACAAAACAUUAGGUAACAGGACUCAUAGUAGUUUCAACAACAAAAACAUUAGGUAACAGGACUGUUAGUAGUUUCAACAAAAAACGUAAGGUAACAGGACUGAUAGUAGUUUCAGCAACAAAAAACUUUAAGUAACAGGACUGAUGGUUGUUUCAACAAAAAACGUAAGGUAACAAGACUGAUAGUUUCAAGGAGAAAAAACAUUAGGUAACAGGACAGAUGUAGUUUCAACAACAAAAACAUUACGUAACAGGACUGAUAGUAGUUUAAAAACCAAAAAGCAUUAGGUAAAAGGACAGAUAGUUUCAACAACAAAUAACCUCAUUAAGUAACAGGACUGAUAGUAGUUUCAACAAAAAAAAACAUUAGGUAACAGGACUGAUAGUACUUUCAACAACUACAAAAACAUUAGGUAACAGGACUGAAAGUACCUGGAGUGAGUUACUAAGCAUAUAAUUACUAAAUACAUUGAAUAUUGAUGGGUGACAUUUAUGCAAAUAACAUGUAAACACUCAAUACAUCUGCGAUGAAGUGGCGACCUGUCCAGGGUGUACGCCGCCUUCUGCCCGAUUGUAGCUGAGAUAGGCACUAGCGCCCCCCGCGACCCCAAAGGGAAUAAGCGGUAGGAAAUGGAUGGAUGGAUAGAAUGGGCACUCAAUACAUAAAAUAGUUUCAACAAAAACACUAUUAGGUAACAGGACUAAUAGUAGCGUGAGUGAGUUAUUAUGCAUAGAAUUUGAAAAUGCAAUAAAAAAUUGCGAUGGCAUUCAUGCUAAUAACAUGUUGACUAAAACGUUACAUUGUUUCAACAAAAAAUAAUAAGUAACAUGACUGAAAGUAACAUGAGGGAGAUAUUAAGCAUAGCAUUUAGAAAUGCAUUAAAUAUUGUCAUGGCAUUUCUGCUAAUAACAUGUUGACACUAAAAACUUUACGUUGCCCAUCCAUCCAUGUUCUACCACUUGUCCCUUACGGGUUGGCGGGGUACACCCUGUACAAGUUGCCUCCUCAUCGCAGAACUUUACAUUGUUACAACAAAAACACUAUUAGGUAACAUGACUGAAAGUAACUGGAGUGAGUUUUUAAGCAUACAACGAACAUAAGCACUAAAUGUUGACAAAUGACAUUUAUGCUAAUUAAUUUAGUAUUUAGUUAAGUUACAAUAAAAAGUAAUUUAGGUAACAGGAAUGAGUUUUCAGAAGAGAAAAUAUAGCCACAGGGAUUUUUUUCUAAUAGCAUGUUGACACUAAAAACAUGACAUUGUUUCAACAACAAAAACAUAGGUAACAGGACUGACAGUAACAGGAGUAAGAUUUUAAGCACAACAUUUGAAAAUCCAUUAAACAUUUUGAUGGAAUUUAUGCUAAUAAAAUGUUGACACUAAAUCCUAAUUUUGCUUGGUCUAUGCUUAAUAACUCACUCCUGUUACUUUUGGUCCUGUUACCUAAUGUUUUUUUGUUGUUGUCACAAUAGAAAGGAUUAAAAUGUUUACUUAAAAGUAUAAGUAAACAUAGAAUCAUUUCCAUUGUGAUAACAAAAAACACUAUUGGGUAACAGGACUGAAAGUAACAUGAGUGAGUUAUUAAGCAUAGGAGGGGCAAAUACACAAAAUAUUGACGGAUAACAUUAUUGCUAAUAGGGUUUGAAAAAAAGUAAUUUAGGUAACAGGAGUGACUUUUUAUCAAAUAUAAUAUAAACACAGGGCAUCUAUGCUAGUAACAUGUUGACACUAAAACACCACAUUGUUCCACCAAAAACUAAUAGGUAACAGGAGUGAGCUUUAAGCAUAGGAUUAGCAAAUACAGUAAAUGUAGCCACAAGGCAUCUUUGCUGAUAACAUGUCGACACAAAACACAUUAUGUUGUUCCAACAUUAAACGAGUUAGGCAACAGGACUUAAAGUAACAGGUGUGAGUUUUUUAGCAUAGAAUUAGCAAAAACGUAAUUUAUAGCCACAUGGCAUUUAUGCUAACAGCAUGUUGACAGACUGAUUAAACAAACAAAAAACAGGUAGCAGGACUGAGUUAUUAAGCAUAGAAGGCGCAAAUACACAAAAUAUUGACUAUAACAUUAAUGCUAAUAGCAUGUAAACAAGUGUUUCAACCAAAACUAAUUUAGGGAACAGGGGUGAGUUUUUAGAAAAGAAAAUAUAGCCACAGGGCAUUUACGCUAAUAACAUGUUGACACUAAAACCAUUAUUUUGUUUCAACAAAAAAAUAAUAGGUAACAGGACUGAAAGUAACAGGAAUACAAUUUUAAGCAUAGCAUUUAAAAAUGCAUUAAAUUUUGUGAUGGCAUUAAUGCUAAUGAAAUGUUGACACUAAAUCCUAAUUUUGCUCGUUUUAUGCUUAGUAAGUCACUCCUGUUACUUUCAGUCCUGUUACCUAAUCGUAUUUUUAUUGUAACAAUGGAAAGGAUUCAAUGUUUACUUAUAAAGUGUUUCCAUUGUUACAACUGACAACAAUCAUGUAACAGGAGUGAAUUAAGCACAGAACGAGCAUAAUAACUCACUCCUGUUACUUUCAGUUUUGUUACCUAUGUUUUUUGUUGUAACAAUGGAAAUGAUUAAAUUUUUACUUAUACUAAUAAGUAAACAUUGAAUCCUUGCCAUUUGACAGUAAAAACUUUUUUUUUCAACAAGAAAUAUAAGGUAACAGGACUGAAAGUAACAGGAGUAAGGUCUUAAGCAUAGCAUUUUAAAAUGUAUAAAAUUUCGUGAUGGCAUUUAUGCUAGUAAAAUGUUGACAUUAAAUCAUGUCAUUGGUACAACAAAAAACAAUUGGGCAACAGGACUGAAAGUAACAGGAGUGAGUUAUCAAGCAUAGAAUGCGCAAAUACACAAAUAUUGAAAGGUAACAUUAAUGCUAUUAGCAUGUAAACAUUAGUAUUUCAACAAAAAAUAAUUUAGGUAACAGGAGUGAGUUUUUAGAAAAUAAAAUAUAUCUACAGGGAAUUUAUGCUCAUAGCAUGUUGACACAAAAAAAGAUUACACUGUUUCAACAAAAAAUGAUAGGUAACAGGAGUGAGUAUUAAGCAUUGGAUUAGCAAAUACAAUAGAUAUAGCCACAAGGCAUCUUUGCUGAUAACACCUAUGUGUGUCAACAUUAAACAAGUUAGGUAACAGGACUGAAUGUCAUAGGUGUGAGUUUUUUGUCGUAGAAUUAGCAAAUACAUAACUUAUAGCCACAUGACAUUAAUGCUAACAGCAUGUUGACGGGAUGAUUCAACCCCCCCCCCCCCCCCCCCCCCAAAAAAAAACAGGUAACAGGACUGAAAGUAACAGGAGUUGGUUUCAGCACAGAACUAGCACAUACAUGACAUUUAGUACCAUGACAUGUUAACAGCAUGAUGACAAACACAUGACAGUGAUUCAACAGUAAAAAAGCAAUUAAGGUAACAGGACUGAGCUGAGAUUUUUAAGAAAACAAAAUAAACUAGUGAACCUACUUUUGUUCUUCCCGUGCCCUGCAGAUAAUGUGAUGAUGCAACUUCCUGUGGACUAGUCCACUUUGUGUUAGGUAACAGGACUGAGUCAAAUCCAGAGACAUGACGAACGUGUGAAUUAAACCGUUUUUUUUUUCAUGAUUAUAUUUCACUUUUGAUAUAUAUAUAUAUAUAUAUAUAUAUAUAUAUAUAUAUAUAUAUAUAUAUAUAUAUGCAAUCAGAUCAAUGUGCAGGACACUUUGAUGACAAGAACUUCUACCAUUUCAUUGUACUUUUUCUUUUCUGAGGUGACAAAUGGCACCAAUUCAGUGGUGUGUCUCACACGAACCAUCAUGAGAAGGACACUUCUCCAUCCAAUAUCGAUAUUGGUCAGAUAUCAGCAAAACAAGUUUUGGAUGAUAUCGGCUUGCAUACCAAAUGUGCGAUACAAGCAGUUCAACAGCGUGUUUACUUUUUGUUUUCAGUCAAGUUAUUCACAAAUGGUGAACAUUAUAGGCUAUAGACUACUAGCGGCUACACAACAGCUAAGCACACUAUAGCACACGUAAUAAUCAUAGCACAAUACUGCAUGGUCAAUAUAAACACGUUUUAAAUGACUAUAGUUGCAUUAUGCUUUCACGUAACAAACGUGUCCGCGUCAUUCAAUUUGCUUAACUUAAUGAAUUAUGGUGGCCUUAACCACUCCACUUCAACUGAAAGACAGCAUAAGUCCACACACACACUCAUUAAAUGGACUAGUUCUUCACCGUAUGACGACGCUUCUCCAUCCAAUGUCGAUAUUGGUCUGAUAUCGGCAAAACAAGUAUCGGAUGACAUCGGCUUGCAAUGGUAAACAUUCUAGGCUACUCGCAGCUACACAACAGCUAAGCACACACGUAAUAAUCAUAGCACGGUAUCGCAGUGUCAACAUAAGUUUUUCAUGUCUAUAGUUGCAUAUUGUUUACACGUAUCUAGUAACAAACGUGUCCGCGUCAUUCAAUUUGCUUAACUUAAUGAAUUAUCGUGGCCUUAACCACUCCACUUCAACUAAAAGACAGCAUAAGUCCAUACCAGACGGUUAUUAGUAGUAGGUUUGACUCAUUUCAUGCUGCGAAAUAAUGAUAGUAUGUAUGAUCCAUGCUGAUAUCGGAUCAGUAUCGGCUGAAAUUCAAGACUCGGUUUAUAUCGGUAUGGUAUCGGAAGUGGCAAAAGUUGUGUCGGGACACCCCGAGUAGAAAAUUGUCUCUUAAGAGAAGAUCGUGUCUCGUGUCCUUCAUCUUCCCACUACAGUCGUACCUCGCCAUACGACAUUAAUUGGUUCCGUGGAAAAUUCGUAUCGCCCAUUGAGAUGAAUUCAAAUCAAAGCUUGUCAGAAAAACGAUGCGAGAAAUUAAAUUUUAUGAUGUAAUGUAAUUAUAUACAGUAUUUACAUUGGAGAGUGGACUUUGGCUGCUUCUCUGUCAAACACACCAUCCGCAGCUUCUCCAUAUUGUCAUGGAUGCACGUUGGCAGUUUAGAUUUUAUUUUUAACGUCCUUGGCCGGCGACUCGUUCUGCUCCAGUACGAUGCAGACCUGCACUGCUACCAAGUUAGCAAGCUCUACGCUCUGUCAUGGUUGUUGAUGAUUUAUUUCUUGAAUUCAAUGCAUGUCAUCCACUCCAAUGUUUUUUUUUUUCGUUUGGAUGCAGGAUUUCACAGUAUUUUGUACAAUAAAAAAAAAAUAGUACUCUUAGCAAA